AUGGGUCGUUAUUCUCGGGAGCCGGAUAAUCCAGCGAAGUCAUGCAAGGCGCGCGGCUCAAACCUCCGUGUUCACUUCAAGAACACCUAUGAGACUGCUAUGGCUAUUAAGAAAUUGCCUCUGCGUCGCGCUGUACGUUACCUUAAGAACGUAGUUGAUCAAAAAGAGUGCAUACCAUUCCGUCGUUUCAAUGGAGGUGUAGGCCGAUGUGCCCAAGCAAAGCAGUUCGGAACCACACAAGGUCGCUGGCCCAAGAAAUCAGCCGAAUUUCUUUUACAAUUGUUAAGGAAUGCUGAAUCUAAUGCUGACUACAAAGGUCUGGAUGUUGACAGGCUUGUCAUUGACCACAUUCAGGUAAAUCGCGCCCCAUGUCUCCGCAGACGUACAUACCGUGCGCACGGUCGUAUCAACCCCUACAUGUCAUCCCCCUGCCACAUCGAGGUGUGCCUCAGUGAGCGUGAAGACGCAGUAGCAAGGGCAGCACCAGCAGAUGAUGCACCAGCGAAGAAGAAGCUGUCAAAGAAAAAGCUGGCCCGCCAAAAGGAGAAGAUGAUGAGGGAA